AUGGUCAGCUCUUCGUCUUUACCCCCAGAGCUACGAAAGCUCUCUGAUGAUGUCUAUGUUUAUGACCCCAGCUUGGGCUCCCUUGGUGACAGCCACAGCAGCGCAAGCAAUCCCACAACGGUUGUACUAUACACAUGGGCCGAUGCACACGUACGCCUGGUUCAGAAAUACUUCCAGGGCUACAGAGACCUCUACCCAUCUGCCAAAAUUAUUAUAGUCAUGGCCACGACUAUGAAGACAUUUUUCGCCGGACGAGAAACGAAUCAAGCCGUUGUGAGGGAAAUGGUUAUCAAGGAAUUGUGGCCGCUUAAUAGCUGCAAACUAAGCACUUCUUCCGAACUUCCAGAGUCCAUGAAGUAUCGGGGAACAACACACCCCCGCAUCCUCAUGCAUGCCUUCUCGAAUAGUGGCGGCGUCAACCUGGAGGCGACUGCUUUAGUUUGGCAUUCGUUACAACGGAGCGUGGGCCAAUCCAUCGGCCCACUACCCAUCCAAGGCCUCAUUCUCGACUCGACGCCGGGUGGAUCAUCCUUUUCCCUUGAAUUUUAUCGCUGGACAGCUGGGGUAGCGUUGGGGUUCGCAUUUCUCCCCAGGCCCUUAGCGAAACUGGUGGCGGCCACCAUCGUGCUACUAUAUUUUGGGCUACCGAGCCUGCUCGGAAAGGAGUCGCUUCCUGUCCGUGGACGGAGGGUCAUCAAUUCGCCCGACUACAUACCAACAACCAGCGGGCGGUUGUAUAUAUACUCAGACUCGGACCCCUUGAUUGGAGACAAAGAUGUAGAGUCCCACGGGCGUGAAGCUAAGGCGAAGGGAUAUCGGGAUAUUGUGUUGGAAAAGUUCCAAGGUUCGGGCCAUGUCGCACACAUGCGGCAGGAUCCAAAGAAGUACUGGGCUGCGAUUGCAAGGUUUUGGGAUAAGAGCUGUGUGUAA